AGAAAGAAGCACGCACUCGUUUCUGUUACUCAGUUAAUAAAAUAAAAAUAAAUAAAUACUCAAAAAGCUGCAACCAGUAAACAAUCGAAACAGUUCCGGUGAAACGCCGGCGUUUUACAGGUCUCGCAUGCUCUGUUCUUCUCGGCAAGUUCCUCUCCUUAAUACAGCGCACUCCAAAACCCUAAAACCCUCACUAAUGAAGGACCGGCCGCCUUCUUCUUACGGCGCCGUUUAUGUUCCGCCACAUCAACGGCCCCGCUCCGGCAUUACUACACCGAGCUAUAGCGAGUCUAAAAAAGUUGUUGAGAAUCGUAAUCCUCAUUAUUAUCAAAGUGCUGUGUUGAAUUUAAAUCAUAAAAAUAGCUACCAUUUACCUUAUUUACAGCAGAAGAACAACGGUGGGAGUGAUGAUAGUAAUGGCAAUAAUUAUAAGUUUAUUUCAGCUUAUGAUGAUGGAGUCUAUGAGGAAGGAAUUAAUCGCGAAAUGGAAUCGUCUACUGUUAUACCUGGUGCUAUCCUUUCUGAUAACAUUGAGGAGUGGAAACGAAAGUUAAGUUUGCUUUUGCGAGAUAAGAAGAAAGAAUUGAUCUCAAGGGAGAAAAAGGACCGACAUGAUUUUGAUCAAAUAGCAGCUCUGGCAAGCACAAUGGGCUUAUAUAGCCAUAUAUACGAAAAAGCUGUUGUUUUUAGUAAGAUCCCACUGCCGAACUACAGAUUUGAUUUGGAUAAUAAGCGGCCGCAGAGGGAGGUGAACAUACCUAUUGGUUUACAAACAAGAAUUAAUGCUCAUCUUGGAGAAUACCUCUCCCAGAAGUCCAAGACUAAGGAAAACUUUCCAGAUUCUUUUUCUAGAUCAAGCAGCAAUGGCGGUAAUGCCGCUGAUGAAUCGCUUUUUGAGCUGCCAGAGCUUCCUGCAUCCAGUAAGAUUGUCAUGGAAAAAAUUCUACGGCAGAGAAGUUUGCAACUGCGUGAUCAGCAACAUGCUUGGCAGAAUUCUCUAGAUGGCAGAAAAAUAUUGGAAUUUCGGGAAAACCUCCCUGCUUAUAAGGCGAAGGAUGCAAUAUUAACAGCCAUUUCACAGAAUCAGGUGGUUAUUAUCUCAGGGGAAACUGGUUGUGGUAAAACCACACAAAUUCCCCAGUUCAUAUUAGAAUCUGAGAUAGAAUCUGACCGAGGAGCGUUCUGCAAUAUUAUAUGUACGCAGCCAAGACGAAUAUCUGCUAUGUCUGUUUCUGAAAGAAUUGCUUCCGAAAGGGGAGAGAAAUUGGGUGAAUGUGUUGGAUAUAAAGUUCGGCUUGAAGGUGUAAAAGGAAGAGAUACCCACCUUCUCUUUUGUACCACUGGCAUUUUGUUAAGAAGAUUGCUUGUUGAUAGAAACUUAACGGGAAUAACUCAUGUUUUUGUGGAUGAGAUUCAUGAACGUGGAAUGAAUGAAGAUUUUUUGCUUAUUGUCCUUAAGGAUCUCCUCCCUCGUCGUCCCGAACUUAGGCUGAUUCUGAUGAGUGCCACCCUCGAUGCGGAGCUUUUUUCUUCCUAUUUUGGUGGAGCACCAACACUUCACAUUCCAGGAUUUACCUAUCCAGUGAGGACUUAUUUUCUAGAAAAUAUCCUGGAAAUGACAGGCUACAGAUUAACCCCGUCCAAUCAAAUAGAUGACUAUGGUCAAGAAAAGGUCUGGAGAACAAGUAAACCAGCUCCGAGAAAGAGGAAAAGCCAAAUUGCUUCUGCUGUCGAGGAUGCACUAAGGGCUGCUGAUUUCAAGAAUUAUAACCCUCAGACUCAGGAAUCUUUGUCUUGUUGGAAUCCUGAUUGCAUUGGAUUUAAUUUAAUUGAAUAUCUUUUAUGUAAUAUCUGUGAGAAUGCGAUGCGUGGUGCUGUUUUAGUUUUUAUGACUGGUUGGGAUGAUAUAAAUUCCCUGAAGGACAAGCUCCAGGCUCAUCCCAUUUUAGGAGAUCCUAGCCGAGUCUUGUUGCUCACUUGCCAUGGUUCUAUGGCUAGCUCAGAGCAGAGGUUAAUAUUUGAUGAGCCCAAAGAUGGUGUGAGGAAAAUAGUGCUGGCUACUAAUAUUGCUGAGACAAGUAUCACGAUCAAUGACGUUGUUUUUGUACUUGACUGUGGUAAGGCAAAGGAGUCCUCAUAUGAUGCACUAAACAACACUCCGUGUCUGCUUCCUUCCUGGAUAUCUAAAGUUUCUGCUCAACAAAGGCGAGGAAGAGCUGGCCGUGUUCAACCAGGAGAAUGUUACCAUAUCUAUCCCAGAUGUGUUUAUGAUGCUUUUGCAGAGUAUCAAUUGCCGGAAAUCUUAAGGACACCUUUGCAAUCUCUUUGUCUGCAAAUUAAAAGUUUGAAACUUGGAAGUAUUCCUGAAUUUCUAUCCAGGGCUUUGCAGUCACCUGAAUUACUGGCAGUUCAAAAUGCUAUUGAAUACUUGAAAGUGAUUGGGGCCUUGGAUCAACAUGAAAAUUUAACUGUUUUAGGAAAAUAUUUGACUUUGUUUCCCAUGGAGCCUAAACUUGGAAAGAUGCUAGUAGUAGGUGCUGUCUUCAAUUGUCUGGACCCCAUUUUAACAGUUGUUGCUGGUCUUAGUGUUAGAGAUCCUUUCUUGACACCAAUGGACAAGAAGGAUCUUGCAGAGGCUGCCAAAUCUCAGUUUUCCCAUGACUAUAGUGAUCAUCUAGCCCUUGUCCGGGCAUAUGAGGGCUGGAACGAAGCUGAAAGAAAUUUUGCAGGGUAUGAUUACUGCUGGAAAAAUUUUCUCUCAGUACAAUCCAUGAAAGUUAUUGAAUCUCUUCGCAAGGAGUUCUCCUCCUUGCUCAAGGAUGCUGGCUUGGUUGAUAAUAACACAGCCAUCAGCAAUGCAUGGAGCCAUGACGAGCCUCUUAUUCGAGCGGUUAUUUGCUAUGGCCUCUAUCCAGGAAUUUCCUCUGUUGUGCAUAAUGAGAAGUCAUUUUCACUGAAAACUAUGGAAGACGGAAAAGUGCUUCUUUACUCUAACUCAGUCAAUGCCCGAGAUUCUAAAAGUCCUUAUCCAUGGCUUGUUUUCAAUGAGAAGAUAAAGGUUAAUGCUGUUUUCCUUCGGGAUUCAACAGCCAUAUCUGAUUCAGUUUUGCUUCUUUUUGGUGGAAGCGUCUCCAAGGGUGAAACUGAUGGGCAUUUAAAGAUGCUGGGAGGAUAUCUGGAAUUUUUCAUGAAACCUGAUACAGCUGAAAUGUAUCAAACUUUGAGGAGAGAACUUGAUGAACUGAUUCAGACUAAACUUUUGAAUCCCAAGAUGGAUAUAAAGUCUUAUCAUGAGCUCCUCUCCGCCAUACGUCUACUUAUUUCCGAGGAUCCACGUGAUGGUAGAUUUGUAUUUGGUCGUCAGGUCCUGAAGCCCUCGACAGUAUCUGUUACGGUACCACAACCAGCUUUAGUUUCAAGCACUGAUAGUGGACCUGGAGGUGAUAAUUCUAAGGGUAAGCUCCAAACAUUAAUAACCAGAGCCGGAUACACUGCGCCAACUUAUAAGACGAAGCAGUUGAAGAACAGCCAAUUUCGGUCUACUGUGGAGUUCAACGGAAUGGAAAUUAUGGGGGCACCUUGUACCAACAAGAAGAGUGCAGAAAAAGAUGCAGCAGCUGAGGCGCUCCAGUGGCUGAUGGGGGAGACCCAGACAGGCCAUGAAUACAUCAAUCACAUGUCGAUGUUAUUAAAAAAAAGUAAGACUGCUCAUAAUUGAGCUAGGAUUUUAAACUUUCCGCUUGGUGGUUUCAUCAUAUUUGCAAGUUGCGACAAUGUUAAGAUGUCGAUUCAAUUCCUCUUCGCUCUCGUUUAAACUCGGUUUCUCUAUUUUAGACGCAGCUGAACUGACAUUUCCUGUUUACUCCGCUUUGUGGAAGUGUAUUAUGACGCUAGAGACCCCAUAAAUCUGUACAGUGUCAGUAGUUGAACUAUUUUUAAUUCAUAGUAGCGUGUUACUCUUUUACGGUUAUCAAUUUAUUACUUCUGUAAA